AUGUAUCGUGGUCAUCGAAUCGCUCAAAUGCUGCUCGCAAAAGAGCAAUCAGAUGAGUAUUUAUUGUCGGUUGAUCGGGCACAAUGGUAUCAUGUUGACCACUCAAAGUUGGCAUCUUCACCGCAAAUGAACGAGAAAUGGCACCAGUUUUAUAUGGAUCGUGAAACGGAACAGUUUCUUGAGGAUUCAUUCGAUACGAGUAAUGCAAUUUGCCUUCAGGUGUAUUACGCACUUGCAUCGGCAGUUCUGUCAAUGAUGAUGAGUAAGACAAGCAUCAACGGUGUUUUGAAUCGCGGCGGAAUGUUCAUUUUUUCGACGCAGCAAUUUCAUGAAUUCAUGCGAAUACCCGACGAUUGGGAUGAAUAUCUCAAAUAUAUGUUAGAUUUGGGUGCAGGUGAUGGUCGCGUUACGUCCACAAUCGCUAACUUCUACAAACACGUCGCAGUCACUGAGGCAUCGCAGGUAAUGGAAUGGCGUCUUCGUCAACGAGGCUAUAAAGUAAUCCCGAUGAACGAAUGGACUAAAAUCGACGAGCCAUUAGAUUUGGUUUGUGCCUUGAAUCUGUUGGAUCGUCAUUACAAUCCGAUGGUAUUAUUGAAUGAUUUAUAUCGAUUAACGUCGAGAACGAAUUCGCUGCUGCUGAUUGCGGUUGUUUUACCGAUACGUCAAUACGUUGAAUUUCAUCCGAAUAGGAAAACAAAUCAUGCAGAAGAAUUGUCGGUUUCAGAUAGCAGAAUCACUGUUGAAGGUGAAACUUUCGAAGAACAAGCAACGUCAUUGGUUGAGAAGGUUUUUGAACCGGCCGGCUUCGAGCUGGUUCGAUGGGGCAAAUUGCCGUACCUGUGUGAAGGUGACCAUGCGAAGGCAUACUAUAAAUUGGAUGACGCAAUAUUCCUCCUCAAACCAAACCCAUUACACCAACUGAACAGCACUGAUCAAGGUGAUUCUACUGUCUCAUAUGAAAGUGAACACUCUGAUAAGGGUACUAAAGAGCUUUGA